CUUUAGCGACAACUCGGGUGUUGAAAGCCGGUACGUACACAUUUUUGUUCAUUUCUUGUACGACCAUCAUUCAUAGAACUGGUUUAUACCUCAACUAGCAAGCCAGGGACAAGGUUAAAGAGGGACGAAAGGAGACGCCACCUGUCACGUCGAUACAACAUUGUACAAUACCUCUCUGUGUGAAGCUCUGACGACACUGGCAACACCUUCAUAGAAGGUCAUGUUUGGUAAACUUUCCAAUAAGCCAAUCAGCAUUGAGGCAAAUGAAAGUCAAGUGUGUUGAGAAGGUUUUGAGAAACUACUCCAGCAUGGCUGAUUUGGACUCUUUUGUUCUGAGUUACUGUAGUGACGACUUUGUGCCCCAAACAGCACGAUGGGGAGACCAAGAUGUCAAAGUCAGCAAGUUUGACAAGGAGUUGACGAGUCGGUGGGACGAGUGUAUGGAGAAGGGAGUGUUCCGGUACGACAUGCAGCACCUCGACACCAGGGUGGUCCCCGGACCCAAGGCAUACGUCGCCCAGCUGAACAGUCUGCGUGCCACGGAGAGGAGGAAGCCCCAGACUAUCAUGAGUGUCAGUCAGCCGUUCAAUCCAGACCUCUUCAACUUCACUAAAGUCGGCACAAAAGAAAUCUUGUUCAGUCUGCAAAACACAGAUGACUCCGCAAGCAAUGGAGCUACCGUGAAUGGCACAGUCGAUAGUGCACAGGAACCCGAGCGCCACAUCAUCAUCAUCAAUGUCAGCCCCCUGGAGUAUGGACAUGUGCUCAUAGUGCCACAGGUGAACCGCUGUUACCCACAGGUUCUCACCGAGACUUCUAUCAAGGUUGGCCUGGAGUCCAUGCUUCUCAGCAGCCACAGGGGUUUCCGGAUCGGCUUCAACAGUCUGUGUGCCUACGCCUCAGUGAACCACCUACACAUGCAUGCCUACUACCUGGAACAGCAGCUCCUGGUGGAAUACUGUGAUGUAAAAUCUCUGGGGCACCAUGUACACGAGCUCACCAUCAUGCCUUGUCACGGGUUUGCCUUUCAACUUCAUGGGACCACAGUCACCCAGAUAGCCAGGUUGAUACAUAAAGUAACGAACUACUUCUACGCCAAUGACAUCGCUCACAACCUAUUCAUCACGCGCGGCACUGUGUUCGGGGAGCCACAGUCCAGUACCAAGAGGACGAUACGCAUGUACCUGUGGCCAAGGAAGAAGUUUAUAGGUACCAAGGUACCAGAUGAAUUCAACGUAGCUGUGAUCGAACUGGCAGGACAUCUGCCCAUCAAAGAUGACAGUUCCUUCCAUAGUCUGACGGAAGAAACGGCUGACCAAAUCAUCGCUGACGCAAGUCUCCCGCUUGAAGAGUAUAAUCAGAUCAAGACCAAUGUUGUAGAGAUGGCCAGACAGUUAGACUCCAAGACACAAUGAUGAUGGCAAUUUAGGUUCUUUGGGAGACAGCAUGGCAUUUACGAAAGUGGGAAUAUAUUUGUUUGCAGCAAUUUUAGGGUUCUGUGCAAACAUUUCAAAUAUUUCAAUAUUCCAUCCAAUUUUUGCUACAUGUAAAAUCAAGUGUGCAAAUAAUAACAUUUUAAUUGGCAGUUAUGCUGCUUUGAAAACUUUUAGGCAAUAGCUUUUUGAAAAGGUCUUUAACCAAAUUAAAAUUUGUAUUUUCAAUAGCUUUUUUAAUAGUUUUUUUAACCAAAUUAAGAUUUGUAAUGCAUCCUCUGUAUUUUGUUUCUUUUUAGUUGUAAUAUGUUUUGAAAAAAUAGACAUUAACACUUGUAAAAGUCUCAUUUUUUGUAUGAAAAGAGUUGUCAGAUGUUGAUUAUUUUGGUCUGAAUAUCAUAUUAUUUUCUUAACCUUUCUGUUUACAUAGUUUAUUAUUAGUUAUACUUAUUACGUAUUAACUGUGGUAUGUCAUCCAGGUUGUGCAAUGUAUAUCAUCCACAAGGGUAGAAAUAUCAAGUUUAAUAACCCUCCCUCAUUUACACAUGUGCAUUUAUAUAUUCUCAAUGUUGAUUGGUCAGUUAAAGUGACAUGGGGUCACUACUUCAUUGUUGAGCACAAAACGAUAUGAUGUCAUCCAUUGUUCAUGACAUCACAAAUUGAUUAUGUGAGGUCAUCUGAACAAUAGGCUUCAGUUUCACUUUCGCUGUCUCAUGACAUAUUAGCAUCAGUCCCAGGUUUACUCAUGUGUCAGUGUUGUUUGCUCACUAACAGUAGCUCUUUGCUAUACAGAUCUCAUAAGAUACAUGGCAGCGUUAGAAAUUGGCACUAGUCCUGUAGUACUUGCCAAACUUCCAAACAGUUAGUUGUCAUAAGGACUUGUAGAAAUUUUCCAUUUUUAAGUUGUUUGCAAUAGGUUAUCAUUAUAAGGCCUAGUGGACUAAAACUGGUUGGGUACAAUGUGUGAAGCCCAUUUCUGGUGUCCCCUGCCAUGAUAUUGCUCGAAUAUUGCUAAAAGCUGCGUAAAACCACCACACUCACUCACUCACUAAAACUGGUAUUUUCUCUUUUGAAGGAUCAUCUAUAUAUCUGGGAAAAAGUCUUCACUACUCCUUCACCACUUUCACAACAUAAUGUAUCAUUUGGAGAACUCUACAUUCCACAUUGAUCUCAUCAGGCAAUGUCCUCAAUACCUCCUAUACUUGCUGAAAAGUCCUGGCCCUCGUUCCACAAAGUGAUCUUAGCACUACCAUGAUCCUUAGCCUAUGUUAAAGUAUGGGAGUUAUGAUAAUCUUAGCACUAAGAUUGCUUUAUGGAACAGGGCCCUGGGCCUCGUUCCUCAAAGCGAUCUUAGCGCUACAGUGAUCGUAAGCCUAUGUUAAAGUAUGGGAAUUACGAUCACCUUAGCGCUACGAUUGCUUUGAGGAACGGGGCCCUGGACUGUAAGUUCCUUCAGAUGAUCUAGGGAAGCUGUUGAUAGGCUACUCAAAUAUCUGUGCCGUGGCACAGUUACAAACGAUGUCAUUAUAUAGUCAAUUUCAGUUUCUAUAUUUCAACAUGCGUAUGUCACUUUGUAAACAAAAAUAAAUGUGUUUCUUCCAAAAAUUAAUACAGGUUACAAAAGAAGAACAUUUCUGUUUUAUAUGGAAAUAUACAGAAAGCGGUGAACCCUUUUCUAGGUGUAUGCUGUGUAAGUCUCUGCAAGCAGCUAGGGUAAGGGGUAGAUACAAUCUCACUGAAGUCAAUUCUUUUACUCAGAUACGAAAACUCUCUGCAUCAGUUGGGGUAGCUUAGAGUAGAUAGAUGUUAGAUGUAUUCUUAUUUACACAGUACCAAUGAACAGUGUUAUCAAUGCAGUAAACUAAUCCAAUAAACUUUGUAACAUGAUUAGAUUUAGUAAUCAUGAGGCUAAUGAGGUGACCUAGCAGAAACUACAUUUAGGCCCAAUCAAUGUCUGCUUGCUCAGUAAGUUGUGGACUAACAUUCACAGCAUCUUCCCGAGGCAAGGGAGUUAACUGUUUCCACCCUUGCUGGACUAGGCUGGAAUUUCUGGGCUCGAUCAUUGCGCCACCAGUGGUUAUUAUGAGUUAUGUCCCUCUUAUUGACCAAUCAGAUUCCACCUCUGAUAUCACUCGCAUUUGCUUCAAACAAAAUGGCGGGACCCAGUGAAGACAAUCUGAUCGACAAUCAAGAUCUACCUUGUUAAAAAAGGGCCUUAAUUUGCGAAGUGCAUCAAAUCACAUGAGCUCCUUGAUUAAAAACAUGAAAAGAUUUGACAAAAAACUAAGUUGAUGAACACUUGCAUUGCAAGUCCUGCAACCGACCAAACCAAAAUCUGCACCGCAGUUUACGAACUGGAAUAUUAAUUAUGAAUUAUAUUAUGACAUGCAUCAACCAAGUCAGCACACCAAGAAGUAUUACACUUGUUAAUCCAGCAAAAUACAAUUUGUGAUUUAAUAUAUGAUAUAAGAGGAGUGAUUGCUCUCAUAAUACAGUUUGCAUUCCUGUUGUAUAUUUACAACAUCAACACACUCGGCCAAUAAUGUCUAUAUCAUCACCUCCAUGUACCAACUUCUGUCUAGGUCACAUAUGCAUUAAGUGUCUAUAUUUAUGAACUAACUUUGUGGGAAGUGAAUCUCUACUUGGUUACAUAGCAUCACAUUUUGUCAGCACAGCUGUGAUAGGGGAAAUCUGUUGUUUGAGGGAUUAUGCCAUGGAGAUGUAUCUUUAUGUUCGGUUAUUUGAACCAUCACCAAAUAUAUCUGUAUUUUUCA